CCCCGUGUCGCUCCUGCCAAGCAGAGUGGGACGUCGGCUGUUGCACCCAGUUGCCAAACGAUAGAAAAAGGUCUUCGCGUUCCGACAACAUUUUACAUGCACGCAUAUGUACGCGACCGAGGAAAAUAACACCUAAACCAAUUUGAAGUGGACUCGAAACGGUCGGAAAAACCAUGCUUAUCAGCAGCUGACCGCGGAGGAGGAAACUAUACUAGUUGUCGCUGUUUUUGUAUAGUUUCACUCGCCUUUUUUCUUGGUUUGAAGGGGAACACCUAAACCCACGAUCGGAGAACUCUGCGUUCACCUUCCCAGUUUUGCUGCCUUGUUGUUUUUAUUGUUUUGCCGCAGUAAAUUCGGAUCUUUAAAAAAUGUGUACUUGCGGGAAAUGUAACGAAGUACAGGCUUUCGCGGACAAGCUGUUAUGAAACACCUGCUUGUUAUUUAGGCAGUUUAACUUUUAGAAUCAUCUAGAUUUUUAAACGGCGAUCUUUAAUACAGUGAUUGUGAUUGCUCCAACCCACGACGGCGAAGCCAUUUGACCGAGGGUCGGACCCUGGAGUGACAGCUUCUACCCCCGAAAUGCUCAACAGCGACCGAUGCUACUCCAGUCUUUUGCCCCGUAUUCAUCGGAGUUGUUGUGAAAUGAAACUUUACCCCGCACCUAAUUGAUGGGUUGCUCCGCAUCGCCUGCUCCUUUUGUUUUGUGCCGUGUCGCACGUAAGCGUUUGAUCCCUAAAGAGGAAUUUUAAGAUACAUAUUAUUAUUAUUAUUUUAAGUGUCAAGGAAAUGGCAACUGCACUCAGCGGACGGAAUCCAGGGGGCCGCGCUCCAAAUGCACGCAAAGGCGGGAUAUUAGGAUUCAUUGACGCGAUCCAGGACGCCGUGGGGCCGCCGAAACAGGCCACCGCCGACCGGCGCACGGUAGAGAAGACGUGGAAACUCAUGGACAAAGUGGUGAGACUUUGCCAGAACCCCCGGCUGCAGCUGAAAAACAGCCCCCCUUACAUCCUGGACAUCCUACCUGACACCUACCAGCACCUGCGCCUGGUGCUCUGCAAGAACGAGGACCCCCAGAAACUGGCCCAGCUCAGCGAGAAUGAGUACUUCAAGGUCUACAUUGAUAGCCUCAUGAAGAAGUCAAAGCGAGCAAUCCGCCUCUUCAAGGAGGGCAAGGAGAGGAUGUACGAGGAGCAGUCGCAGGACAGGCGGAACCUCACCAAACUGUCCCUGAUCUUCAGCCACAUGCUGGCCGAGAUCAAGGCUAUCUUCCCCGGCGGCCAAUUCCAGGGCGACACCUUCCGGAUCACCAAAGCCGAUGCCGCAGAGUUCUGGAGGAGGUUCUUCGGUGAAAAGACCAUCGUGCCCUGGAAGCUCUUCCGCCAGUGUCUUCAUGAAGUCCAUCCCAUCACCUCUGGCCUGGAGGCCAUGGCCCUCAAGUCCACCAUCGACCUCACCUGCAACGACUACAUCUCCGUCUUUGAGUUUGACAUCUUCACUCGGCUCUUCCAGGUGAGCGGAAACCCCCGGGACUCCCCUGCCCCCACAGCAUUGUUCUGGGUAAAUUCACAAGCAGAUGUUCAAAGCCAGUGGGAGAGAGAGAUGAGCACUAAAACAGGGGAUCACCUUUUUUUCCCCGAGGUGGGUGUGUUUUUAUUGUCUUUUUUGAUGUACAGGAAACGCCUGCGCUGGCUGCAGAGCAAACAGCAGACUUUUCCGUCCUCUUCUUGUGCGUGUAGCCCUGCCCCCCCCCCCCCCAGCUACAUCUUCAGGCUGAGCUGCACCCGUCUGGGCCAGUGGGCCAUCGGCUACGUCACCAAUGACGGCAACAUCCUGCAGACCAUCCCACACAACAAGCCGCUCUUCCAGGCUCUCAUCGACGGCUACAGGGAAGGCUUCUACCUUUUCCCGGAUGGCCGAAGUUAUAACCCCGACUUGACUGGGCUGUGUGAGCCCACACCUCACGACCACAUCAAAGUCACACAGGAGCAGUACGAGCUGUACUGCGAGAUGGGUUCCACCUUUCAGCUGUGCAAGAUCUGCGCCGAAAAUGACAAGGAUGUGAAGAUCGAACCCUGUGGACACCUCAUGUGCACUUCGUGCCUCACUGCCUGGCAGGACUCUGAUGGGCAGGGCUGUCCAUUUUGCCGGUGUGAGAUCAAGGGCACGGAGCCCAUCAUCGUGGACCCAUUCGACCCGCGGAACGAUGGUGCCAAGUGCUUCUUCAUGGAACACUUCGCCUCGCCCAUGCUGGACUUGGACGACGACGAUGACCGCGAAGAGCCGCUGGUGAUGAACAGCCUGGAGAGCAUCCGGAAGUGUACGGACCGCCAGAACUCCCCGGUGAUGUCGCCCAGCUCGUCCCCGGGGACCCAUCGGCGGAAGCCACUGCAGGACCCAGCGAGCAUGCAGCACCUCAGCCUGCCCCCGGUGCCACCCCGGUUGGAUCUCAUCCAGAAGGGGGCAAUCCGCUCACCGUCGGCCAGUCCCACCGGCUCCCCCAAGUCUUCUCCUGGGAUGUCUAGGAAGCCAGACAAGCCCCUCCCGGUUCCACCCCCGCCCCUGCGUGACCCACCCCCGCCGCCGCCCCCUGAGAGGCCGGCUCCGAUCCCCCCAGAUGGCCGGGCAGCCUGGGGCCCCCUCCCCGGUGCGGGCCUGCCACGUGACCCACAGCCGGGCCCUGAACCCUGGUGUCCCAAAGAGAGCCCCCUGGUGGCGGUUGACCGCUCCCCGAAAUUGGGUCAUGCUGCCCCCUCCCACCUCAACGGACGGCCUGUGCCCUGUGCCCCCGGUGAUGGUGGCUUCGGCAGGCAGCACCACAGAUUGGAGGCGCUAGCCGACGUGGCUAAGCCCUUCCCCAAUGGGCCCCUGACCAGCGAGGAGUACGACGUCCCCCCCAUGCGGCACUCCCCGCCCCCUCCUGCGCUCACCCAAAAAACCCCCAACCCAUUUGCAAACCUGUUCACCGAGAGGCCGCGGGUGGCACCGGACUGGGAGGAAGACCAGUACCAGAUCCCGUCAUCUCACGCUGUGGUUUUGAUCCAGCCUUCGGUCGCAGUCCGGGUUCCCUCCAGGGGUCUGGAGAAUGGCCAGGUGACCAACGGCUCCUCUGAACAUGUCGGUGAUGGGAGGAAGCACAAGACUGUGGAAAACGGUGCUCAGUUUGACUUUGGGCUGCUGCCACGCGCCCCCCACAACAGGACACCCUCAGACUACGACAUCCUGCUCCCCCCUCAAGCAGAGGAUUUCUUCAACCCUCCUCCAUUGCAGCCUCCACCGCCUCCACCUGUGCGACACAGCUUCACAGACCUUUCAUCUUCGCCGUCAUUCUCACGGGCCCACAGGCCCGUCUCGGACCCAGACCCAUACCUGCAUGGUUCUGAUCCAUUCCUGGACAUGCUGAGCAGCAUAGGGCCGAAGCCCCCAGCGAGGAGGCAGACCGGGGACGGCAUGGUGAAGCCCUCCCCCCGGUCACUCCAGGAGUAUGACCAGCUGCCCCCCACCUCAGCCGCAGUGCCCGCAGAUGGCAUACAGGCACCCGCCAGGCCACCUAAGCCCCGCCCCCGGAAGACCCCCCCGGACGUGCACCAGAGGAAGGGCCACGGGCAGGAGCCGGACCGCGAGAACGUGGACGCCAAGAUUGCCCAGCUGAUGGGAGAGGGCUACUCCUUCGAGGAUGUCAAGCGGGCCCUGAUGAUUGCCCAAAACAAAGUGGACGUGGCACGGAACAUUUUAAGGGAGUUCGCCCUGGUGCCUCCCAGGCUCAACCACUAAGCCGGUGAGGGUCUCCCGUUCCAGAGAGCGCCCCCCACAGGAGGGAUAGAGACUCGGAUCUGCAGCGUCGACGCUGACGGUGGUCAGGGAUCCUAAACAAUCUGGCGCGAAUGUGGCUAUUUGAUUACAACCACCUGGUUCUGGUUCUGGAGAAUCAGGAUCCUUGGGGGCAGAACUGUUUAUUUAUGGAAACCUGUGAAAAAGAAAAAAAAACUCAUUGUUUACAGUGAACAGCUGGUUCCUUGUCACCGCUGUAUGCUGGCUUUACUGGUAUAUGUC